CACAAACCACCGUUCACAAGCAAGCGUCUCUGUCUGUGAACCUGUCAAUUUUCCUUAUAUGAUCGGUUAAAACUGAAAUGAUUAGAACAGUUUUGGUGAUCGAGACAUUUGCUGUGUGACUGAUGGUUAAAUUUAAUUUAUUUUUGCUCCGUAGAUUUUUAGCGCGCAACUUUAACCGUAACAGACCGAAGAUUCUUAAUACGUGUGUUAUUGCGUGUAGGUUAAAAAACGUAAAUUUUAGUAUUAUUCCUAAUAUGACUUCGUGUAAUUGUUUUGUACUGGAAGGGGAUUAGCUCUAGUCUAGUCUAGAAGGUUAGGGCUAGUUUUUCUUUUGAGAGGGUUCUAGUGUCAUAAUAAGAGCAUCGUGGUCAAUGAUGAAGUCAAGGAGCAGCGCUUUCUGACACAGCUGAUGCGCAGAGCUGCGUGAACCUGAGACCACUGGAAAGCUAGUGUACAGCUUAUAUUAGUACACACUUAGUACAAAUACUACUGUCUUUUUAAAGAUGCAAUAUAGAAAACAUACAGAAGAUGUGCGCGCAGUUUAUAGAAUGGGCUGAACUAAUUUUCAAAGGGUGCUCCAGAAAAAAAAUCUCUUUAUCUGUAAAUUGUUACUAUUGCAUAACAUUCUGUUCUCUGUUUUUCCUGUACUGUUAUGAGUUGUGGAUUUUUCAACAUUUUUAAUCUGUUUUUGUUUAGUAUGUGCCCAUUUUUUAAAGCGAGAGCAAAAAUAAAUAGUGAUUAUGAUUUAUUUGUCAAAAUCUGACAAAAACGCUGUACAUUACAGAAUAUGUUUUUUCUAAUCGAUCCAACAACCAAACGGAUCGUCGUCUUCUAGGUCUGACCAAAGUCCCUGUUAGCAAAGUCUCCGCACUCGACGCUCACGUUUGCAGCACAUUCGGGUGGAAGUUUCAGUCAAACAACUUCUAUCAUCUUGAAUGGGGGAAUACCGAUUUAUUUUCAAUUACACCUGAUAGCAACGAUACAAGAGAUCGUACAAGAAACUCAAAUUACGCCAAAACAUUUCUCCAGGUUCUGCGCAUGCGCAAAGGCAACUUGUAGCGUUUUGUCAAAAUCUUGGCAGUGUACGAAAUCGCCCCCUAUACCCUCAUUCCCUACAUUAGUUCACUAAUAUUGUCCACUUUAAGGAGCGUGUGAAAACGAGUGAGUAAAUUCGGACACUCGGUGCAUUGGAAGCACUGCGGGCGCCAUCUUCUGCCAAGAAUCAUUCCGUGCUAGCCUCACGAUACAUGGCUAGCAGCUAGCCGUGAGUGUACACUCGUUUUUAUGAUUCAUCAUGGGAUUGAAUGAGUGCACUCAAUAAUGUCCACUAUGAAUUCGGACACCACUAAAAAUGGACGUUCCCUCAAAUAGUGCAUCAUAGUGGACUAUAUUCGGGUGUAGGGGGUUAUUUCGGACACAGCCCUAGUCUUUGGCACCACCCGUCCAUCCGUAUGACAUACACAUCGCUUCUGUUUGUGUUUCCUGUCUGUCACUGUGACUUCCGCAGAUUGAUUGGCUUUUGUUGUGUAGUGUCUGAAAGGGUGUGCGUUCAUGCACGAGCACUUCAAACCGCACGCGGAAAAAGGGAGUGUCGGCGCAUAAAGCAAAACCAGCCACCAGUACAGGUUCAUGUGAAGUUUGCUUGAAUUGAUACCUUGUUUCGAGCCCAUAACAAAAUGAGUUGCACGGAUCAAGGUGAUGCGGAGAAGCUUCUCAAGAGGUUUUUGGAGGAGUUCCCGAACCCGCUGGGCACAGAAGACCCCCUUCCCGUCAGUCCGCUCAGCCGAAAAGUGUCUUUGCAGGAGGUGAAAGGAAAGAGUUUGGAUGUUGGACUGCGACUCCUCUCAGACAGAAAUGCCCCCUCUUGGCUGAGUUCAGCGAUGUGCAACGCUGCUGUCACUGAAUUGCUUAAAGAUGACCUUUCACCUCACUACUGCUGCCAAGAUGCUGAGCAGUCACAGGAAGAUGAACCCGAAGUUGUUUUGUUGCAGUCUGAGCCGUUGCAGCGUGUCUUUAUAAAUAAAUUGAGAGAAGUGGGUGUGGCCUGGCAAAAACAGCUGCCCAAUCCCGGAGCUCCCUCUUUGCGGAGUCACAGCUGUUCGGUACACGCCAUUCGAAACACCCGCAGGAAGAUGGAGGACCGUCACGUGAUCCUAAAAGACUUUAACCAACUUCUGGGGCUGCAGGACGGUGUUGAGCGGGAGUAUUACGCUGUGUUUGAUGGACAUGGAGGGAUGGACGCUGCCACAUAUGCUGCAACUCACCUGCAUGUUGUACUGAGCCAGCAGGAGGCGCUAAAGAGCGGCGUUUCCGCAGCCUUCAAAAACACUUUUACACAAACCGAUGACAUGUUCAAGAUCAAAGCCAAGAGAGAGCGUCUGCGGAGCGGAAGCACUGGCGUGGCGGUCUUGCUGUCCUCUGAUUGGCUAACUGUUGCCUGGCUGGGUGACUCUCAAGCUAUGUUGGUCAGACAGGGAGAACCGGUGACCCUGAUGAACCCCCACAAACCCGAGAGAGAGGAUGAGAAGAAAAGAAUCGAGGAUCUGGGUGGAUGCAUCGCUUUCAUAGGCUGCUGGCGUGUAAAUGGCACGUACGCCGUUUCACGAGCAAUCGGUGACUUUGAUCAGAAGCCGUACGUCUCUAAUGAAGCCGACUGCUUCUCAGUGCAGCUGAACGGUAAUGAAGACUAUAUUCUUCUGGCCUGUGACGGCUUCUUCGAUGUGAUUCAGUCCGCCGAUGUCCCGGGGCUGGUCCUGGAGGCUCUGAGCUCCGGAGAGGACGUAGCUCAAAGUCUGGUGGCCCAAGCCAAAGCUGCCGGUUCCUGUGAUAACAUUACAGUUCUGCUGGUGUUCCUAAAAGAGCCGCCGAAAAUUCUGACCUACAACACGAGUUCUGCAACCGUGGAGGGGGCUACUGGGGAAGCCGCGGGAAUUUGAGUAAAUGACAGGACCAGUGGAAGCUGAUGGUCUGUUUGUCACCAUCUGCACUUUCCAGUAAAAUACCCGGGAAUUCUAUUUCUAAAGAGGUGUGGAUUUAAUUGAACACUCUUCAUUAUGAGUCUUAAUUGUGUGUAUUUUAACCUCGUAACAGCUUAUCUCAUUUACUGGUGCUUAAAAUAUCGUAUAGAUUGUAAUACCUUUCAGACACGUGUGAAGGAAAGGUGAUGUUUAUUCCUAACGUUUGCUCUGCGACUGUUACAGGGAAACAGGUCUUAAUAAUCUUAACAGAAGUUGCAUUUAGGACCACACUGGCAUUCACUGUUUAACAGAUAGAACUGUCCUCUAAUGCUCUUAGCAUUUUCUAAUCCAGUAUUUUAGGUUAUUUAUUUGACAAAAUUAUUUAUGGGUAAAUUGUACUGUGUAAACAAGCUCCUUAAUGUGCCAAUACUGUAAGUCAGUGUCGUAACUUUGCUACUGCAGGUUUUUUAAAAUGUACAUUGCUCGACGCUCUUUUUAUUUACGAACAUCGUUUCGUUUUCAUUACAGUGCCUUUUUUUAUUACCAUCAGUGUUAAUACUGCCUGGUGCAUGCUGGGGUGUUAUAUUAUCUUAGUUAGAUGUUCUGCAUGGCCGACCACACGUCCUGCAUGCUGCAAGACGUCUCGUGUUACGGCCGCUCAGUAUUUGGAAAACCUUGUGACAAGUAGCUGAUAUAGUUGCACAGUCUCUAUAAUGCGGCGAGGCCAAGAAUAGAGCUAACCUAAUGGAUACCGAAUGAGGACAGCGGAGACAGGACCGUGAUAUGAUUUGGUUAUUCCUUGUUGGUGGCUCGAACCGUAAAAUAAAAUGAUUGCAUGUCUAUAUUUUGUGUGCUGAAGCUGCACGCAAGUGACGACAUUUGAAGUUAUACAAGGCGGUCUGAAAGUCUGAGCCCAAAUUAAAAAUCUGUAAUACCAAAUACUGAGGCAUUCAAAAACACAGUUCACUGGAUAAUUUUGUGAGUUUAACUGUAAAAAUGAUUUGUUGUUUUAACUUAAAAAAUUAAGUUACCCGGCUGCUUUAACAUUUUUUUUGUUAAAAAUAUUAGUUAAUAUAACAAUUUUGCAUCAAAUUCACGUAAUAAAUAUUUUUACGUUGAACUAACUAAACAUUUUAAGGAAGCCGGGUAAAUCAUUUUUUACAGUGAGCUUGCAUUAGAAAAAUGCCAAAUAUUUCCUUAUUUUUUAUGUUCUUAGACUUUUGAACUUAUUGUAAAUAUGCUUAGAAAUCCACUUGGGUUCAGGAUGGAAAUGUGAUGUUUGUUUUUCCAUCUGUUUUGAUGUCAAGUCUAUGCACAUCAUCUCAUACCUUUCAUUAGGAAGUGAGACGUGCCAAUAUUGAGAAAGCUUUUCGCCAUCAGAAUGGUUAAAUUGUGUAUUUUUCUCAUCAGCAGAUGUUCCCCCAUCAAAUAAUGUUCUCCAUGCACAAUGCUGCCUUACAUUCACAGUGCCAGACGAAAAUAUCCAGCUGUGCAUUGUAUUUUAUUUUUCUAAAUGUACUUCAUUGUUGACUGUGUCCUUAAUCUUCUAAUGCAUUUUUCUAUUUCGUGUUACAGCACUGAACUGUAUUUUUCAUCCGAAAGAGAAGGUUUUACACUGGGUAUGCAUUUUGUGUAGAGUACUUUUUGUCUGCAGUAUUUUCACAGGACAUUUUGUAAUUGUUGCUGUUUUUAAUACUAAAAAGUGAACGUAAAUAUCAUGGGAACAGACGUGUAACACUCCCACAGUACACGAUAAAGUGCCUUAUCUUGUUGAACUGAUAAACCUACUGUAGGAAAGCUUUGUUUGUCUCGUAAUGUACUUCAUGUUGCAUAUCAUUGACCUUUACUGCUGAUGUUGUGCACAAGUAACGUUUCGUAAAGUUUUCUACUUGUACUAAUUCCACAACUUGUAUCUUGACCAAUGUUCUUCUUGCAUGUUGUAAUGUUGAUGUCGGCAUCUUUAGUGUUAGCUGCACAUGUCCCGUGGCCUUUUUGCGCAGGUCCAAAAAGCCUUUCACUCGCCUCUUUUGGAGGAUUUGGAACAAAGUGAAAGAAACAAACAUUGGACUUUAAUGUGAAUAAAGUGUAUUUUA